UAUAGCAUCGUUGUCGAUUUUCGCACUAGGCCUACUAUGUCGUCUAAUUUAGCAAAACUUAAACUUGAAUCCAGCGUUCAUCAAGGAAUUGAAAAGUUCUGCAACAUUGUUCAUAAAUUUGAGCACGAUCUGCAGGCUGUGUAUGAUAGCAGAGCGUGUUUCUAAACAGUGACUUACAAUGGAUAUGCGUUUGUAGUUCCACGGUGUUUACGUGUCACGAUAUCGAUUUUCAAUUGGUCAUAAAUUACUAUGAAAAGUCUAAUUUAGUUCGUGAAAAAGUGUAGAUUCGAUUUUGUUAUGAGCGAUACGCAGCAUUCUAAUAAGAGAAUGCUGUAUAAUAGACUAGAAUGAUCGGAAGUGAUUUGAGUUAACAGUAGUGAAAUUCGUGCAAGUGAGGGCAAACAAAAUCAAGCAUCUACAUGCUAAACGUGAAAAGAUUAAAUCCUCCGCAGAACUGUUCCCCCGUAGCCACAAAAACUGAUAAACUGCGGAGCCAACCAUCGAUCGAAGCCAAAACCAUAGUGGCAGGCUGUAUGGACAAAUGGUUUGGAGAAAAACGGCUGUGGUUGUUUGGUAACCAUUUACCAUUGCUACCUCGAAGUAAUCUUCCUUUCAGAUGGACCUCUGGGGACUCGAGCGCUGGAAGUGCCCUGAAAGCAUUAGCAGAAAGAUCACGUGGAAGCAGCAGAAUGGAUCGAUACGAAAAACUUAGCCGACUGGGCGAAGGUUCUUACGGAGUUGUCUACAAGUGCCGCGACCGAGACACCGGUUCACUAGUUGCAGUAAAACGUUUCGUUGAAUCCGAAGACGAUCCGGCGAUACGGAAAAUUGCCCUGAGAGAGAUACGGCUGUUGAAGAAUUUAAAGCAUCCCAAUUUGGUGUGUCUGUUGGAGGUUUUCCGACGGAAAAGAAGACUGCAUUUAGUGUUUGAGUUCUGCGAGCACACUGUUUUACAUGAACUGGAGAGGUACCCGGAGGGUUGCCCAGAUAACCUAACAAAACAAAUCACAUUCCAAACCAUCCAGGGGGUGGCUUACUGUCAUAAACAGGGUUGCUUACACCGAGACAUCAAACCUGAAAACAUCCUUCUCACAGCCCAGGGCCAGGUGAAGCUGUGUGACUUUGGAUUUGCUAGAAUGCUUAGUCCCGGAGAAAACUACACCGAUUACGUAGCAACAAGAUGGUAUAGGGCACCAGAGCUACUCGUGGGCGACACACAGUAUGGAACCCCUGUUGAUGUAUGGGCUAUUGGUUGUGUGUUUGCUGAGCUAGUACGCGGAGAUGCCCUGUGGCCAGGAAGAAGCGAUGUCGAUCAGUUAUACCUGAUACGGCGUACACUUGGGGAUCUGCUACCUAGACAUCUAGCAAUAUUCAAUCAGAAUGAAUUCUUCAAGGGUAUCACACUACCAGUUCCUCCUACGCUUGAACCACUGGAGAAUAAGAUGCCACAACGCACCCUCUCUAAUCCUAUGAUGAUGGACUUUCUCAAGAAAUGCCUUGACAAAGAUCCUGCCAAGCGUUGGUCAUGCGAAAGGCUUGUGACACAUCCAUACUUUGAGGAUUACGUCAGUAAGCAGAAGGAGAUCGAGCAAACCAUUACCUUGGAGAACCAAAAACAAAACAGUCGAGAUUUGAAGUCGAAGAUAUCCAACACUUCGUUACCACAGUUGCCGGCCACGCAGGAAUCCCGGGUGCCGCAGAAGAAUCUUUACCUACGUUCCGAUCACCACCUACCAACUAUUUAGUUACAUAAAGAAGCACUUCUCGAGAAUUUAUACGGUGUUCUAGAAGGUAGAACUUUGUGUAUUUUUUAUUCGCCUAUUGUGACAUUCAUCCAGUUAAUCUCUAUCAGUCAAAUGCACAUGACAGCGAUUAUCUUGUACCACCUUGUACAUUAGUUCUGCUUGCCGUUAAUAUUAGACUCAAGAAGGCACUGAAAGUGUAGUUAUGGAAUAAAUAAAAAUCCGAUCAGUUCUUUUGAGUCUAAAGGAUUCUACAUUUUUUACAUACAAAACAGAUAGCGUUUAAUCAUGGUAAUGUAUGUAUGUUCUCGCAAUGCUAGAAUGGAAAUAAA